GUCCCUCCUCGCCCUGACGCCCAUUCCAUCUCCUCAGAGCCGGGCAUUCGUCAAAGCGGCCAUCCUGGGCUCACCGUCGCCCGCCACGGGCCGCCUUUAACCCGCGUCCUCAGUCCCUCAAUGAGGGGCCGCAGCCAGAGAGCUGAAUAGGCUUGGGCCUGGCGGGCAGACGCUGGAGCGGAGUUCCCGGGCGGGAGACGCGAGCUCCUGCUUUCCCAAUCCCCUUUUCUCCCGGGACUUCCAGGUGGGGAACCUGGGGCCAGGUGUCAUUUUGUCCUGCUCAAGCAAAGUGGCAACAGAUCCUAGUCCUGACUUCCUCCUGCUUCCCCAUCCCCAUUUCAUCUCAUCCCAGGCUGGACAGGCAGCCGGUCAAGCCCCCAUAAGGACACAAGAUCCAGAUGACUCCCAGACUAACAGACUAAGCCAAAACGAAGAGUUUCUAAUUGUCUUUUUGCAAAGUUUAAGUUUUUGAAAUUGAAGUAGUCUACAUAUUGAGAACUCAUGUCUUUUCUUGUAAGUAAACCGGAGCGAAUUAGGCGGUGGGUCUCGGAAAAAUUCAUUGUUGAGGGCUUAAGAGAUUUGGAACUAUUUGGAGAACAGCCUCCGGGUGACACUCGGAGAAAAACCAAUGAGGCGAGCUCAGAGUCGAUAGCAUCCUUCUCUAAACAAGAGAUCAUGAGUAGCUUUCUGCCAGAGGGAGGGUGUUAUGAGCUACUCACCAUUAUAGGCAAAGGAUUUGAGGACCUGAUGACAGUGAAUCUAGCAAGGUACAAACCAACAGGGGAGUAUGUGACAGUACGGAGGAUUAACCUAGAAGCUUGUUCCAAUGAGAUGGUGACAUUCUUGCAGGGGGAGCUUCAUGUCUCUAAACUCUUCAACCAUCCCAAUAUCGUGCCAUAUCGAGCCACCUUUAUUGCAGACAAUGAGCUGUGGGUUGUCACAUCAUUCAUGGCAUAUGGGUCUGCAAAGGAUCUCAUCUGUACGCACUUCAUGGAUGGCAUGAACGAACUGGCGAUUGCUUACAUCCUGCAGGGGGUGUUGAAGGCCCUCGACUACAUCCACCACAUGGGAUAUGUACACAGAAGUGUCAAAGCCAGCCACAUUCUGAUCUCCGGGGAUGGGAAGGUCUACCUGUCUGGUCUACGCAGCAACCUCAGCAUGAUCAGCCACGGGCAGCGGCAGCGUGUGGUCCACGAUUUUCCUAAGUACAGUAUCAAGGUUCUGCCUUGGCUCAGCCCGGAAGUCCUCCAGCAGAAUCUUCAGGGUUAUGAUGCCAAGUCUGACAUCUACAGUGUGGGAAUCACCGCAUGUGAACUGGCCAAUGGCCAUGUCCCCUUUAAGGAUAUGCCUGCUACCCAGAUGCUGCUGGAGAAGCUGAACGGCACAGUGCCCUGCCUGCUGGAUACCAGCACCAUCCCCACUGAGGAGCUGACCAUGAGCCGCUCGCGCUCCGUGGCCAACCCUGGCCUGAGUGAGAACCUGACCAUAGGCAACCCCCGGCCCUCCAACGGCGACUCACCUUCCCACCCCUACCACCGGACCUUCUCGCCCCACUUCCACCACUUUGUGGAGCAGUGCCUUCAGCGCAACCCAGACACAAGGCCAAGUGCCAGCACCCUCCUGAACCACUCUUUCUUCAAGCAGGCUUUUGAGGCCCAAGGGAAUCCUAACAACCAGGGAUCAGGAAGAAUCCAAAAGCUGGCAUGCCCAGUCCUGCAAGCUCGAGCUCAGGCGAGCUCCUCAGAAGGAAGAGGUGCUGCUCUGGCCCUGGGGGCUGAAGUCCAAGCCCAGGGUUUGACUCAUCAACUCAGAGAACCGUCUUCUCCUCUUCCCAGCGCUUGCUCUCCUUCCAGCCUAAUGCCAUUCUCUUCCUAUGCUCCCAGAUCCUACAGGUCCACGAAGGGGCCAGUAAUAGUCAACCUUCCUCCCUUCCCCUUAACCCCUUUCCUAGUAAUUGAAGGGAAGAUUAUUUCUGUCCUUUUAAGAGGGGUAAGUCCACCUUUACCCCGCUUCUCACUUGGGCCCUGACAUCUGAAGCCUUCCCAUGGUUCAUCUGUGUAGCUCAUUCCUUUCCCACCAAGAAUCCAUCUUAAUGCCUCCAGCCAGCGGCCUGGGCACUUUCCCUAGGGCCAUAAUGUUUUGUCUAGCCCGAGGGCUUAAGUCCUCGUGCUGUGUUAGUUUCAUUGUCAGAACAAAUUAAAAUUUUUAGAGAA